AUGCUUCAAACUUCAUUCGCACGCUUCCUUUUCGUUAGCAGGUUUCUCGUUUUGUGUGCAUGGUCCGUGUAUAUCCGUCGCAUUCUCAUCACCACGCACGCCUGCUUCUCCCCACCCGAUCCUCACCCUUCUCGCCUCCUUGCGACUCGCAGCGAUUUGUGCGACAUGGGCAUCGCAGGCGCCCUGUCGCCGUUCAUCGGCAACCUAACGGGGCUGCUGCAGCUGCGGCUGUGCAACAACCAGAUCGCCGGGCAGAUCCCUCCGGAGCUCGGCAAGUUGUACUCGGUACAAGAGGUCGAGCUACAGAACAAUAAAUUCACGGGCGAGCUGCCUACCGAGCUAGGCGGCAUGGUGACGUGCACGCACCUUUACCUCUACGGGAACAAUCUCUCCGGCGCCAUCCCUGCCGCUCUUAAAGCCGUCACUUACCUCAAGCUGGGUCCCGGCAAUCGUUUCUGCAGCACGGUUCCCGGCUCGCUAUGCGCUGGCGCAUCGACGGAGCCGCUCCCCGCAACUCCCGCUCCAGUUGAUGACCCCGCGGAUGAGGCGGGGAGCCUGCCUCCGCUGAUCAGCGCGCCGCUCCCCGACUGCCCGCCGUGUACGGGGGACGAUCUGCCGGGGCUCGAGGACGGGUGCACGUGCGCCAAGCCGUCGCUGCUCAAGAUUCGUUUCAAGGACCUGGACUUCGCGGCUUAUAACGCGAAUCAGGAGGACGUGCUGCUCGGCGAGCUGUCCCGCGCGCUGCAGCUGGAGCCACGUCAGCUGAUGGUGAUUGGGCGCGAGCCGGGCAGCGUGAUCCUGUACCUGGCGGUGCUGCCGGUGAACGGGUCGGCGCUGGACCCGCGGCAGGAGGCGAGGCUCGUGGACGCCGUCACGAGCCACCGCGUCAUUCUAUCCAAGGCCUUCCGAGACUACGAAGUGCUCGGAGCGCCCGGCCUCGCGUUCAAGCCGUCGCAAGAGUCGCAGAACGCCGACGCCGAGUCGUCUUCCGCGUCUUCCGGCGCAUCUUCCGGCCUCAGCACCGGAGCCAUCAUCGGCAUCGUCGUCGCGUCGCUCGCGGCCGCGCUGGUUAUCGCGGCGCUCUUCUGCCAGCUGCUGACGUGGCGCCGCGACAGGAACGCUGCGCGCCGCGCUGACGUGGAGAACUCGCGGAUGGCGAAGGUGCUGACGGGCAGCAUCGAGGCGCCGUACAGGCCGCACGGGAAGAACUCUAUCUGGGGAAGGUGGGAUUUACCACGCGGCAGCCCCUUCCCGCCGGUGAAGCCGUCGAUAUCGGGAGGCAACUCGUUCAACGAGCCCGCGCUCUCCUUCCGCAGCGGCAUCCCCGGCACCCCCGCUGGCGCGCACGCGAAUGGCUGCGGCGACAGCGUCGCAGGCACGCCGCGCGACACGCCCGGCGUGUCGGAGCGAAGCUUCGCGUUCCAAGGCGCGAGCUCGCCCGCCUCCCCCGCGAACACCGCCGGAUUGUGCGGCGGCGACAACGGCGACGACCCGCGGACGCCCGAGAUCGGAACGACGCGGACGGGGUACUCGAAGGCGAACCUGAUAGGCGACCGCGGGCACGGGCGUAUGUACAAGGCGGACUUCUCGAGCAAGGCGCGCGUGCAGAUGGCGGUGCUGCUGGAGCUGUCCGGGGAGAAGCUCGACGAGGCGGAGUUCGCGGCGGCGGUCAAGGCGCUGGGGGACCUGUGCGUGCAGUCGAACCGCCUCGUAGCAAUCAUGGCGUAUUGCGCGGAUAAGGGCCAGCGGUGGGUGGCCUAUGAGUACCUGCCAGGUGGCAGCCUCAAGGACCACCUGCACGGGGACCUGCGGUUCGAGCGCGCGCUGACGUGGCAGAAGCGCGUGCAGAUCGCGGUCGACGUGGCGGCGGCGCUGGAGUUCCUGCAUGAACAGUGCGAGCCGCUGAUGAUUCACCGCGACGUGUCGGCCGACAACGUGGUCCUAGACGGCGAGCUGCGCGCGAAGAUCAAGGACGUCGGCAUCCACACGCUCGUGCGCGAUUGGUCGGAGGGCCGCGCCGUGUCGCCGUCCGUGCUGGGGUCCAUGGGGUACCAGGCGCCCGAGUUCCGCGUGAGCGGCGAGCAGACGGCGCGGUCCGACGUGUUCAGCUUCGGCGUGGUGCUGCUCGAGCUGCUGACCGGCCGGAAACCCGUUGACUCGUCGCGACCCAAGGGGCAGCAGUCGCUGCUGACGUGGGUGCUGCCGCACCUGGAGAACAGGCUCGCCGUGACGAGCCUGGUGGACCCGUACCUGCGGCUCAACUCGACGCUCGACCCCAAGUCGCUGCACCUCUUCGCGCUGGUGGCGGCGCACUGCCUGCAGCACGAGCCCGAGGACCGCCCGCGCAUGGCGGAGGUGCACAGCCAGCUGCAGCACCUGCUGCUCUCGCUCUCCCCCGACGGGCUUCCCUCCCCCAUCUCCCCCGCCGCUGCCUCCGCCUCGCCCCUCUCCCCCGCCUCCCCCGCCUCCCCCAUCUCCCCCAUCCCCAACCUCACCGCCGCGUCCCCCUGCACCCAUGCUCCGAGCCCUGAUGCGGAGAACGAGAGCUGCUCGGUGGCAGAUUCAGGCACCACGAGUGGCACACACGUGUCGCACUCAGCACGGCGCUACGAUCAGAAGCGCUGGGUGCAGGUCACCCCCGGCCCCAACACUGCUGUCAAGACCCACGCUAGUGCCGUGACUCCCGCUGCUGGUGCUGCUGCUGGUGUGGCGAAUGUGCGUUCACCACUUGCGCCAGUGAUCAAUCUGUGA